CACCAACCGACUUGUGUGCAGUAGCAACCUAUGCAAACAAUGACACAGUCGCUUCUGUCAGUGAAAUGUCUUUCUUGCCGCUCGGCAGCUCGGCGUUUCGUCGCCAGACAUAAUUGUGUCGUUCAGGCAUCGCUUCAGAGAGACCCUCCACAGCCGGCCGACCAUAACACCAUCUCGCAGGCCUCCUCUGACACUAUUUCCCUGAGCCGGAGACAAGCGCUGCUGGGAAUUGGCGCAGCAGCAGUUGCGAGCAGUGCGUUUGCAACCGUCGUCGCGCCACUGCGAGUCCUCGCGAAGGCACCAGAAGACAAGCAGGCAAAUGUUAUCAACGAGCCUGCCGCCCUGAAGGCUCAGCUGGAGUCAACAUACCAGCAAUGGGGUGCAGGCCAGUACGACAAGUGGUUGGGAUCUCAAUCGGAAUCCAUUAAAUGGCAAUCAUCGUACAACGGUACGGUACUGAAGCUCAAGGGCACGUCCGGUGUCAAGCAGUACUUUAUGGCGUUGAAUGCCGAUCUGGAUCUCAAAUCGUAUAAGGUAAGUGGCGUGAGUUUUGGUACUCACCAUAAGCAGGCCUUACCGCUUAAUCUAGAGAUGCAAGAACCGGCAGGUGAAUGGCACAAAAUUACAGCCCUCCGUGUUAUAAGUCGUUGGGAAAUAGUCUCCGGGGAUUAAGCAGUCUGAGGGAUUGCUAUGCAUUGCUAUGCACACUUAGGCGUGCCGCACGCAAGGCAUGCAGCUAACCCCUCCACGUUUCCCAACUUAGCCCUUGGCCAGCUACCCUGAGGUCGAAGCCACAGGGGAAACGGGACAGUAACAUAUGUGAAGCAAGUAUGGUGCGAUGAUUCCCGCCUGUUGAACAGCGUCAUAGAAAUAAAAGUAAGACCGAAUUAAUGAUCAGCGCGCAGCCAAAAGACGGGGACAGGGCAGGAGUAAUGACGACAAGUGUCAAUGUGUAUCAGCGCGGGUUAGGGGAGCGGUAACGAGUAAACAACCAGCAAGGUGUAACCGCCUGUACGCACAGUAACUGCGUAUAUAUCCAAGAGUGCGUGCGGGAGGGGGUGUUAAGGGUUUCCCUCCCCCUCCAGGACAGUCCGAAUUCUAAGGCACCUCUUAAUCGUUGCAACAAUUUCCUUAAGACAUCUCCCAAUUGUGGAAAUGUGUAGGUAGCGCGUUCCGAGCCAAU